AUGGCCGGCGGCAGCGACGCCGGCAUGGGAGCCUGCGGUGCCGACGGCCUGGAGCUUAGCCUCCGCCUUGGAAGCCCGACGGCGGCCCCCGCCCCGGCGCCGGCGCCGGCACGGAGGAACCUCACAAUUGUCUACGACCGGCGCGUGAUGUGCGCCGUCGACGUGGUCGAGCUACAGGCAAUGGCAAUCAUAUCCAUGGCGAACCAGGAAACGACGGGGAGGAUCACAGACAUGGACGACGCCGGCAUCGCGCAAGGGGCUUGCCGCCCCGCUCGCGCGCAGACGAGGGCAUCUCCGGAUCACGGCUGCAUCGAGGCGCCCACGCCGCUCGGCGAUCAGGGGGGCCUGUCGAUGAAGCGCUCGCUGCAGCGGUUCCUCGAGAAGCGCAAGGCGAGGGCCAGCGCCGCGUCGCCGUACGUCGUCCACCGGCCCGCCCGGGCGCCGAGAUCUUGA